AUGAAGGGGGUUGGCAACGGUAGCAUUAUAGACGAGUGGUUACUGCGGCACCACGACGGAACACCGCCGUCAACGCUUGACCACGCGUGGAGGGGUGAAUACAAGUGGUCACACCACGCGUCCGACGAUAGUAGUUUAGAGGUGUUUGCGAACGUCAUUGAGUCCGAAGAAUCCGAAAGUUCCACGGCGCAAUCACGGGCGAAACGUAAAGUCGUGAACUGCAACCGUUGGACUGCUUCAGAAAGGUUGCACCGCGACUACUUUUGUGAAGAACCGAAAUACGACGAUGAUUUUUUUGAAGAUAGGUAUCGUAUGCCUAAAAGACUUUUUUUAAAGAUCGUGCAUGAUCUUGAGUCGAGAUACGCGUAUUUUCAGGACUCGUAUGAUGCCCGGUUGGCCAAGAGUUUUACACCGAUACAGAAGUGCACAUCUGCCAUCCGGCAACUUGCAACUGGUAAUCCUCCUGAUGAGUACGACGAGUAUUUAGAGAUGGCCGGGAGAACAUCACGUGAAUGUCUUCAAGUUUUUUGUGACGCUAUCGUUGACACUUACAAGACCGAAUAUCUGCGUAAACCAACAACACAUGAUCUCCAGCGUUUGUUUGAAGCACACGAAGAAAGGCAUCACUUGCCUGGAAUGAUCGGUAGUCUAGAUUAUACACAUCUUGUUUGGAAGAUGUGUCCAAUGGAGUGGAGGGGUCAAUACAAAAGGGGUGAUCAUGAAUACCCCACUAUUAUGUUGGAAGCAAUGGCGUCUCAGGAUUUAUGGAUAUGGCACACCUUUUUUGGUCCUCCGGGUGCUCUAAACGACAUCAAUGUGCUGCAACAAUCUCCCUUGUUCCUCCCCGAGCGUAUGGGCACUGCUCCUUACGUUCCAUUCAGUGUAAAUGGGCGUACUUAUAGACGUGGCUACUAUCUAGUUGAUAGCAUAUAUCUUACAUGGUCUACGUUUGUUAAAGCGUACAAAUACCCUACCGACCUGAAAGAAAAAAUGUUCAAAACGGCACAAGACGCGGCUCGCAAAGAUAUUGAACGGGCAUUUGGUGUUCUCAAAGGAAAAUGGCAUAUCAUUGAUCGACCGUUUCGACAACGGUCAUUAGGAACAAUAAGGAACUUGGUGUAUGCGUGUGUGAUUCUGCACAACAUGAUCAUUCAGGAUAGUGGUCGUGCGAUUUGCCCAGUUCAUAUAGGAGAUCUAGUUGUCCGCCCAAGUAGUCAUCGGGACGCCUUACCGGAGAUACAGGACGAGGAGACACAUUUCCGUCUCCGGUAUGAUCUGACAGAGCAUCUAGCGGGUCUAAACUUACCACACCUCCAGCCGAACGAUGAUGAGGAGUAG